AUGGAUAAGAUAGAUGAGAUUUAUCCGAUGAACAAAUGGUAUGAUUGUACUGAAACGACAAAAUUGAGUCACAUGAAGGAAUCGAUUGAUAAGGUUCCAUUGGGUAAAGUGGGUUUUAUGCCUGGUCGCAUUGUACAUACCAAUAAAGUAAUGGUUUUACUUGGUGAUAAUUAUUUCUCAGUUUGCUCAUGCUUUCAUGCAUGUGGAAUUAUUGAUCGCCGAAUAUCUUUUAUCCAAAAAAUUAUCAACGAUUUCGAAGAACAGAGGAGGCGUGCUUUAACACAAAUAAAAUUUGGUAGUGAAUUAUUUAAUUUGAAAAGAGAGCAAGUUGAAAUACGGGAACCAUUUGAUGAAGCAAAGUAUGAAGAAGAAAAGAAGUUUAGACUGAUGCGUAAAAGGGAUCAUUUGCAACAAGAGAAACAAGAAGGAGAAUGCAAUGCUGAGGAAGAUUUCGAACGAAAAGAUGAAAGAAUAAAUAAAAUGAAAGAUAUAACUGAGACAAUUAGUGAAUUAGCGAAUUCUGAGUAUUUAUGCACGAAAACAAGUGAGAAACGGGAUGAAACCGAAGAUUACGAUGAAAAAAUUACCGAAGGAUUUGAUGGAAAAAUCAAAAAUUUUCCUGCGGAUUACCAGAAAUUGCUAGCACGAUUGGAUGAGCUUGAAAGGCAAGAAGAGGAAGCAGGUGAAUUAGAAAGUAAUUAUAGCAGUAGCCUUGAUUCGGAUGAUGUUUCUCUGGAAAAUAACGAAGAUACAGUUAGUAACAGUUUGUUGGGAGAGAAACAAGAAAAGAAAAAACGGAAACGAUAUGUAAUGGGACGGAAAAUAUUACUCAGAUGGUGUUAAAGGAUGCAAAUAAUGAAUCUCAAAAAAUACGGCGUACAGUUCGUUUCAAGAGUGAAGAUGAAGCUUAUUCAGCUAAUAUAACACCAAUUUCAUCACCGGAUUCAGGAAUACCACUUCAUGAAAAUGAACCGAAAAUGAUUAUAAAUGGCGAUCCACGUUUCUCAUGUCCUUUGCCACGUUCCAUUUUGCGCAAUUUUAAUGAAAAAUCACCGGUUGAUGUUGAUGCUUUAGCUGCUGUUGAAUCAGAAAAUUGGAAAGAGAUUGUACCGGUUUCUGAACAUGCAUUUACGGGUAAAGUUUUGGAGAGGCAUCCACCUGAUAAUGAUGGAAGCACCGAAUCAAUACCAGUUAUAAUGCCUUCGAAAGAUGGCUCAUCUCGAGGUGUUUCACGUUUUAAGAUGUCACGCGCACACCUUGAUUAACUCUAUCGUUUUGUUAGUUGCGUAACAAAUCUGUGC